UAGGGGAGAGAGAGAGAGAGAGAGAGAGAGAGAGAGAGAGAGAGAGAGAGAGAGAGAGAUGAAGGCAAAAGAGAUUGGAGUUUUGUCUGUCUUUGUAGACAUGAGGGAGUGAGGCAAAGAGAUAAACAAGUAUUUCUGUACUUGCAGAGCCAGAAAUGGUGCUAGGAAACACCAUUGCCAAAAGCAAAAAACUGUUUCGAAAAACUCUUGGGAACCUCAAGUCCUUCUUCUGUGGAGGGUACAAGAAACUACCCAAAACCAUUUCCUUCAAUCCCUUCUAUUGUGGGAGAGACCUGAAAUAUCAGCACCCAACAGAUCACUUCUACGCCGAUUUUUAUGAUGAGUGGGAGUCCACUCUCGGUAAUGUGACGAAGAUAGAUAGCGCGCCGGAAGAACCAACAAAGGAAGAAGACCAAUGUAGUCCUAAGAAGAUCAAACAAGAAGGGGGAUUAAUGCAGAUGAAGCAGACUGGGAGUUCUCAUCUACAAAAAGGAGAAGCUCGGGCAUCUUCGCAGAACGCAAAUGCAGAAAGCUAUACUUUAGCAAGAAGGAUGAAGGAGUUUGAAAUGGUGGAUUCAGGUGAUGUGGAACAAGUGCUGGAUGUAGAAGAGGCGCUUCACUACUACUCCCGCCUCAAAAGUCCGGCCUACCUUGACAUUGUGGACAAGUUCUUCUUGGAUAUGUACGCAGACUUCUCCAUUCCACCAGCGCCUAUCAGCAUCAACAAUUCAAAGCGGAGACUGAGCUCGCAGAGACUUGGCUCGAUGAGGUUGUAGACGAAUGUGUUAGUGAGUUUUUCGUUGUGCAGAUAGAUCUGUUGUUCUUUCCCACAUUUUGUUUUCAUUUCCUGUUUGUGUGUGAUUAUUGUGUGUAUUCAGUUUUCGUUUUCACUA